UGUAGCUUUGCUAGUUAAAUGUUUGCUGGUACUGAGCAAACAGAAGUAACAAGCCCAUUUCAGAUAUACAGGGGAGAAAACCACAUUAGACCUUCUGGAGAGUUUGAAAAUGUUACCCUUGAAUGGAUAACACAGUGCUGCUUUCAAAAACUGUAAUGUUCUCAGAAUAUGCCAGGACAUCCAGCAGUGGCAUUAUACACUACAGCGAUUUGAGAUAGGACUAAGUCUUGACCUUUCCCACUGCACAAGGUUGCUAGGAUCUGGGAGAUUGCUUCAGAAAAAGAAAAGAACAACUAUGUGUGCAACAAGAUUUCCUCAACACGUUCAAGUUGUGAGAUCUAGAAUUUUGAUUCUCUCAUAGCUAGGGAGAGCCCAUUGGCAUGUGAGGACAGCAAUUUACAUUCAGCUUGGUAGCAUACCAGGAUAAAGCUUUGGAAAAGAAGAGUGUCUGAUGUGAAGAGUUAUUGGGAGCUGAAAAAGAUUCGGCGAUCACUUGAGACUAUGAAGAGCAUGAAUGAAAAUCUCAUGAAACAAGAAGAAAGAAAAGUGAAGCGGUGGCUAGCAAAACAAGCCGAAUUAUCACCAUCACCAUCAUUAUCAUAUAAGAACUUAUACAAGGUACCAUCCAGUGAAGUGAACCAAGCGGCAAACCAAGAAGUGCAACAAGUCUGUGAGAGAGGCUCCAUUGAAACUCCCUGGAGCCAGUUUGGUGACCAUUUGCCCAACUUUGUCAGCUUUCUGCGACUACCAACAAAAAGACCAGGUUGUGACCAAAAACACUCCAAGGAUUUCACACCCUUUAGUGGAACUGACGUGUCCAUGCAGAUAGGAUCUGCUAGAACUUACGGUCCAAGAGGCAGCUUUUAUAAUCCUCACCCAACUGCUAGUGUCUCCAAGAAGGAUAGCAGUGCAAGACAGCUUUACAUGGAUAACAACAUUUUCUCCAUGCAAGAGGCAAUAUCCAUGUUUCCCUCUUUGCAAAAGCUAUCGGUGACAGGAGAGAAAUUCUCCUUUUCUAAGCUUCCACUCAAUGAAAGUGUCUCUGGAUCCCCAGCAUUUGAAAGAAGGAUGAAGAGCAUGCUUGAAAGAGCUUGGGAAGAGGAAAAAUUCAAACAAACAGUUACUCUGCCACAGAUCAGACCGGAAGAAUUUUUGAGCUGCAGAUACCUACGUUUGUCACAGAGCAAUAUUAACACAUUGCUACAGUUAUGUAAGGAAUCAGGAGUUCACAUAGAGAUUCAUCCCCAUAUGAAGGAAUCUGAAAUCGACAUCAGUACUGUUCUCUCCUCAAACCUCAGUAGGGCACUGUAGAGCUUAAAUUCUCUACCCUAAAUUUAGAUCAGUUUGUAAUGAUCUGAAGUUAUGACAACAGCACAUUAAAUGAAUUCCCAUCUGUUGCUAUCCUUU